AUGCAGCCAAUUUCCCGAUUUCAACAACUACCUCGCGUUUCUUCUGUGCAAGGGAGAGAACCAACCAGUGGAGGCCUCCCGGACCACCAGUUACGCGCUACAGUGGGCACCGUUAUAUCGUGUAUUGUGGAGCAGCAGGGUGGGCUGCACGCGUGGACGGAUCUGCUGCAAGUGAUGCUGCAGUGUCUGGAUUCGAAUGAUUUCAGCCACAUGGAAGGGGCCCUGGAUGCCCUUUUUAAGAUGAGCGAGGACAUGCCUUUGCAGCUCGACAGGGACAUCCCCGGCCUGGCAGAGCGCCCCAUCACCGUCUUCCUGCCUCGCCUGCUGCAGCAAUUCGCCUCGCCACACGCCAGCCUGAGAAAGCUGGCUCUGGGGAGCGUCAACCAGUUCAUCCUGCACAUGCCCAGGGUGCUGUUAGUCAACAUGGACAGCUACCUGCAGGGCCUCUUUGCGCUCGGAUCCGACCCAAUCCCGGAAGUCCGCAGGCUGGUGUGCUCAGCUGUGGUCCAGCUGAUUGAGUUGCAACCUUCCUUCCUCCAACCGCACAUGCGCAAUGUGAUAGAGUACAUGCUCGCAUCCACGCGGGAUUCUGAUCCCGAUGUGGCACUAGAGGCGUGUGAGUUUUGGUCCGCCUACUGCGAGAACAACCAGUCGCCCGAGAUGCUGCGGGAGUUCCUGCCCCAGCUUGUAACGGUGCUGCUGACGAAUAUGGUGUAUGCAGAUGACGACGAGGCGGUCAUCGAUGCUGAGGACGAAGGAGACGCACCCGAUUCUGAUCAGGAUCUCAAGCCGCGAUUCCAUCAGUCCAGGCUGCACGGUGCCAAUGGCGAGGACGCCGAAGAGGACUACGAUGAGAGUGCAAGCACGUGGAACCUGCGCAAGUGCAGUGCAGCAGGGCUGGACAUCCUCUCGCACGUCUUUGGGGACGCGCUGCUGCCCAUCCUCAUGCCUCUCAUCCAGACGAAUCUUGCAGACCGCAGCGAGGGCAAGUGGAAGGAGAGGGAAGCUUCAGUCUUGGCCGUGGGAGCUGUAGCAGAGGGCUGCAUUGACGGGCUGCUGCCUGCGCUGCCGCAGAUGAUCGCCCACCUGCUGCCUCUGCUGGAGGACCCGCACCCGCUGGUGCGCAGCAUCACGUGUUGGACGCUCUCGCGCUACUCCAAGUGGAUCGCCCGCGCCGUUGAUAAGCCCGAGGGGCAGCAGCAGUUCGAUGCCGUGCUGACUGGGUUCCUGGCAAGAAUCCUGGAUAACAACAAGCGGGUUCAGGAGGCGGCCUGCUCUGCUUUCGCGACACUGGAAGAGGAGGCGGUGGACGAGUUGCCUGAUCGCCUGGAGCCAAUUCUGCAGCACCUCGCCUUCGCAUUCAGCAAGUACCAGCGGCGCAACCUGCGCAUUCUGUACGAUGCAGUGGGCACUCUGGCAGACUGUGUGGGGGGAACACUGCAAGAUCCGCGUUACAUCGCAGUGCUGAUGCCGCCUCUCACAACCAAGUGGCAGCAGAUAUCCGACUUUGAUCGCGACAUCUUUCCACUGCUCGAGUGCUUCACCUCCGUCGCUCAGGCACUGGGCCCUGCCUUUGCUCCAUAUGCCGAGACGGUGCUGGCUCGCUGCUGCCACAUCAUCAGAGUGCAGCUCGUGGCACAGAAGGACCCAGCAGCAGCAGGGGCGCCAUACGACAAGGAGUUUAUAGUGUGCGCUCUGGAUCUCAGCUCAGGAGUCGUGGAGGGGCUUGGACCGUCAGUUGAGCCGCUGAUCGCCAAGAGCGGCUUGACAGACCUGCUGUUGCAGUGCUGUGCUGUGGAUGCCAACGAUGUCAAGCAGAGCUCACUGGCCUUGCUGGGUGAUUUGACUAAGUCGUGUGUGCAGCAAGUGCGGCCGCGCCUCAACGACUUCCUCUCCGUGUGCGUGACCCAGCUGAACGGCCCCGAGUCCUUUGUGCACGAAAAGAUUUCAGUCGCCAACAACGCAUGCUGGGCUCUGGGCGAGCUGGCUGUGAAGGUGCGAGAGGAGAUCUCGCCAGCGGUGGUGCCGGUGCUGAAUAACAUCGUUCCCGUCCUCACCUCUGCACAGAAUCCACGGGGCACCAAUCUAGCCCUUGUGGAGAACUGUGCAAUCACGCUCGGCCGCUUUGCAUGGGUGUGUCCUGACGUGCUGGCGCCCCAGGCGUCUCACUUCCUCGUGCCCUUCCUCACCACACUCAAGGGGGUUCGUGAUGAUGUUGAGAAAGAAGAGGCGUUUAAAGGGCUCUGCGCUGUGCUGCGCCUGAACCCCAUGGCAGCAUCUACCGCCAUCCACCCACUGCUGCUCGCCAUUGGCAGCUGGAGGGAGAUUCACAGUGCAGAGCUGAAGGCGGAGAUUCACCAGCUGCUGCAGGGCUUUAAGCAGAUGCUAGUGGAGGCAGGCACGUGGGAUCAAAUCCUGCAGUCCACUGACAAGCAGCUGCUGCAGAAGCUCAGUGCCACGUACGGGAUCUAG